AUGGAGAAAAACGGUUUGGGACUCGAAACGGAGUUGAAGUUGGGGCUUCCGGGCGGCGGCGGUGGUGGUUGUGAGGUGGAGAAGAGUGAGAAGAAAAGGGGGUUUUCGGAUAUCUCCGGCGGCGGAGGAGGGGAGGAGAGGGAUGCGGCGGUGGAGAAUAAGGAUCGGGUGGUGGGGUGGCCGCCGGUGGCGGCUUUCCGGAGGAAGAACAGCUUUGGCCGUGGUAAAAUGUACGUGAAGGUUAGCAUGGACGGCGCACCGUAUCUGCGCAAGAUAGACUUGGGCAGUCACAAGUGCUAUUCGGGCCUUGUGGCGGCUCUCGAGGAGCUGUUUGGGUGUUUUGGCAAUGGUGAGGACAAUUGUGAAUACACUCCCAUUUACGAGGACAAAGAUGGCGACUGGAUGCUACUUGGAGAUGUUCCUUGGGUGAUGUUCAUAGAGUCAUGCAGAAGGCUGAGGAUAAUGAAGAAAUCAGAUGCGAAGGUUAUUGGGCUUCAGGCCCAAGACCUUCUUAAAGGGCUUGCCAAGGAAGAAGUUCAAAAUUAG